CAAAGUUCUUUUUUCUUUUGUUUUCCUUUUCUGUUUUUAUUUCCUUCUGUUUUUAUUUCCUUCUCUUUUUUAUUUGUUUGUUUAGUUUGUUUUUUUCUUAAAUUUCAGCAAUUUUCAGGCAGUGAACCUCUUGCAGCUGACUCUGAAUCUCUUUCUAGCAAUUUGGGAAAGGUCACUAAGAAAAGCAAAAUAAUAAAUGCUACAUCUGAGGUAUUCCCAGAGAAAUCUGUACUGCCAGUGGAAAGCAUUACAGAUCCACAGCUGCACAAGAGUGAAAACCAUAGCUUUACUUCUUUACACACAAGUGUUUCCUUUAGAAUCGCUUAGACUACGUGGGGAAAGGGCCCCAGGAGAUGCACUGUGACUUUUUAGGAAUAAAACCCACGUUUGACCAAGCAACCAAGAGAAUUCAUCUCUGGAUAGCUACAGAUGUUGCCCAUGCCAGCAUCCCCGAGGCGCUGCCCAGGGGAAGGGGAAUCCUCGUCCACCCAACUCCCUCAGUCCCUGGCAGGGAUGACGGCGCCUCACCCACCCUCGCCAGGUGCCACCGGGGAACAGGACACGCUUUGAUCUGUGUGGCACCACAGCAGCGGAGAUGCCCAAACCAGGGGACGCUUCUCACGCCCACCCGGCUCUGGUUCGUUUGACCGUCUCCCACCCGCCAGGUGACAGGAGCCGCUCUCCGCCCUCCCUCCUCCCCUCUCUUCCCCUCCCGCUGUCAAUCCGGCCCCGCUUCCCCACCGCCCACUCCCCUCCCCCGCGCCAGCGUGGUGGCCAGGGGAGGGGGCGGCAGAGCGGGCAGCGCCAGCCGCCGCCAUUCCCAGCCCCUUAUCCCGCAUCCCCGGGAGGUUUCAAACCGCCCGCCUCCUGCCGAAGGGACGGCAGCGAGGCCAGGCGCAAAUACCGCCCCCUCAGGGGACCUGCAUGGGCGAAGUGUAUUUGUGUAAGGGGAGGCUGGAGUAGGAGAGACAAAAUGGUCUCUGAAUGCAGCGGAGCAGCGCCCCGGCCGCGGCAGGACCCCGGGUACCGGCACAGCCUCACGGCACGGCCCGAGGCGCCACCCCAGCGGUUCACAAGGCGCACAAAGAUGCGCGGGCUGCGCUUGCAGCCCGGGGGUUCCGGAGCGGGAGGCACUGGGGCGCGGGGGCAGCGUGUGAUCCCCGGCGAAACAAAACUGCCAAAGCCUCCAGCGCUGCGGGAAACGGGAUGGGGGAUCCCCUGAAUCCCGGCUCUCACCAGCGCGAAGGCGGCGCGGCGAUGCCCAUCAGCGGUGCUGCGAACGCGGUGAUUGACUCGAGCAGUGGAAGAGCAGCACCCACAAUGACCAUGACCUGCCCUGUCAGACAUCUGCACUGCCCUCUCUGGCCACCUGGAGAGAACUGUGCUCCAAGAGCAAACCAGACACCUUUCCUGGCUGUAGAGAACAAGCCAAGUUGACUAAAGAUGCUACUGCUCGAUAACACAUCAAGAAAUAUACAAUAUACAAAUAUACAAUGAACAAAUAUACAAUGCAGUUGUGCAUGUAUUGGACUUGUUAUUUAUCAGCCAUCAAUUCUGGGGUUUUUUUAUGAUUUGGUUUUGGUAUGCCAUCUAAUGUCAGUUCAAAAUAUUGGCCUAAAGAAUAUAAAUGUGCAGAAUUUUCCCAUCAUUCACAACAAAACACAGCCCAUGCUUCACUUUUCAAUGACUAAAGGGCAGUUCAGGGAUUGAGAAGAAUUCUGCUCACAAGGCAAAACUACCCAAAGUGCCUAAAU